UUGACCCGGUCACACUGGCGCGAUGGUUUGUGCAAUCUGAAAACUCCACUAGUGGUCACACUGUUCGGGAGAGCGAGACGAAAAACACGACGAGGCAACGCGAGGUGGAAACUCUGUGAAAAUAUUUUUCUUAACGAUUAUGUGCGCCUAACAAAAAACUAAAGAUCGGUUCGCGUUAUCGGUUCUCCAUAUUUUUGCGCCAAAUGUCUUAGAAUUUGCGAGAUAGUGCUUCCAAAAUAAGAUGGCUCUCGAGCCAUACAUAAAGUCUAUAAAGUCUGCUGAAAUCGAACCACCAUUGUGCCAAGUUACGACGACAAAUGAUGUGACAACGAAAGCGAAGAGAUGCGCCAAUACGAGCGCGGGAGCAGGAAUGCGAGGUGUGCUGCUGAUCGGCUUUCUACUGAUUUGCUUUGGCAUCUCAAACAGUUGGCAAUACAAAAAUGUUCAUGCACCCAGCUCCUCGUCCCUAAUAGCCAACACACCGGCCAGUGCAUUUGUAAAUACGCCGGCUACCCUGCUCUUCACCACCCGCCAUGACAUCCAGGUGGCAAACAUAACAAGGCCCACGGGCGGACCACAGAUCGAUGUGAUCGUUCGGGAUCUGGCCGAGGCCAUGGCCAUUGACUUUUACUAUGCCAAGAAUCUGGUCUGCUGGACGGAUUGCGGCCGGGAGAUCAUCGAGUGUGCCCAUACCAACACCUCGGCGCUGCAGCCACUUUUGCGGGCGCCCAAGCAAACUGUGAUAUCGACGGGUCUGGACAAGCCCGAGGGCUUGGCCAUUGACUGGUAUACGGACAAGAUAUACUGGACGGAUGGCGAGAAGAAUCGGAUUGAGGUGGCCACGCUGGAUGGUCGGUAUCAAAAGGUGCUCUUCUGGACGGACCUGGACCAACCGCGAGCGGUGGCAGUGGUGCCAGCCCGGAAGCUGCUCAUCUGGACGGACUGGGGAGAGUAUCCGAAGAUCGAGCGGGCCAGCAUGGACGGUGAUCCGUUGUCGCGAAUGACGCUGGUCAAGGAUCAUGUGUUCUGGCCCAAUGGUCUGGCUGUGGAUCUGAAGAACGAGCUCAUCUACUGGACGGACGGCAAACAUCACUUCAUCGACGUGAUGCGGCUAGACGGGAGCAGUCGGCGGACGAUAGUCAAUAAUCUGAAGUAUCCGUUCAGCCUCACCUUCUACGAUGAUCGCCUGUACUGGACGGAUUGGCAGAGGGGCUCUCUAAAUGCCCUGGACUUGCAGACCCGAGAACUGAAGGAGCUAAUAGAUACGCCCAAGGCUCCGAAUUCCGUGAGAGCUUGGGAUCCCUCACUGCAGCCCUACGAGGAUAAUCCCUGUGCCCACAAUAAUGGCAACUGCUCGCAUUUGUGCCUGCUGGCCACCAACUCGCAGGGUUUCAGCUGCGCCUGCCCCACGGGCGUCAAGUUGGUAUCUGACAACACCUGUGCCAAUGGCCCCCAGGUAAUGCUGUUCAUCGUCCAGCGGACUCAAAUCAGCAAGAUCUCCCUUGACUCACCGGACUACACUAUAUUCCCCUUGCCCCUGGGCAAGGUGAGGUAUGCCAUAGCCAUUGACUACGAUCCCGUGGAGGAGCACAUCUACUGGUCCGACGUGGAGACGUUUACGAUCAAGAGGGCUCAUGCUGAUGGCACUGCGGUGAUGGACUUUGUUACGUCCGAGGUGAGGCAUCCCGAUGGUCUGGCCCUGGACUGGCUGGCACGCAAUCUCUACUGGACGGACACGUCUACAGAUCGGAUAGAGGUUUGCCGCCUUGAUGGUUCAGCAAGAAAGGUGCUGAUCUAUGAGCAUCUAGAGGAACCCAGGGCCAUUGCCGUGGCCCCAUCUUUGGGCUGGAUGUUCUGGAGCGACUGGAAUGAGCGUAAGCCGAAGGUGGAGCGAGCUUCUCUGGAUGGAUCCGAGCGCGUGGUUCUGGUAUCCGAGAAUCUUGGCUGGCCCAAUGGCAUAGCCUUGGACAUCGAAGCAAAGACGAUCUAUUGGUGUGACGGCAAGACGGAUAAGAUCGAGGUGGCCAAUAUGGAUGGCUCGGGCCGCCGAGUCGUGAUCAGCGACAACCUGAAGCAUCUGUUUGGACUGAGCAUCCUCGACGACUACCUGUACUGGACGGACUGGCAGCGUCGCUCCAUUGACCGAGCCCACAAAAUCACAGGCAACAAUCGGAUCGUGGUGGUCGAUCAGUAUCCUGAUCUAAUGGGUCUAAAGGUCACACGCCUGAGGGAGGUCAAGGGGGAGAAUGCCUGCGCGGUUAGAAACGGCGGAUGCUCGCAUCUGUGCCUUAACCGGCCGCGAGACUACGUCUGCCGCUGUGCCAUAGACUAUGAGCUGGCCAAUGACAAGCGCACAUGCGUGAUUCCGGCCGCUUUCCUGCUGUUCUCGCGCCAGGAGCACAUCGGUCGCAUUUCCAUCGAGUACAACGAGGGCAACCACAACGACGAGCGGAUUCCCUUCAAGGAUGUGCGCGAUGCUCAUGCCUUGGAUGUGUCGGUGGCGGAGAGGCGAAUCUACUGGACGGACCAGAAGAGCAAGUGCAUCUUCCGGGCAUUCCUGAACGGCUCCUAUGUUCAGAGGAUUGUAGACUCUGGGCUGAGUCAGCCAGACGGUAUUGCUGUGGACUGGCUGGCCAACAAUAUCUACUGGUCGGAUGCGGAGGCGCGUCGCAUUGAGGUUGCCCGCUUGGAUGGCACCAGUCGACGGGUGCUCCUGUGGAAGGGAGUGGAGGAGCCGCGCUCCCUGGUUCUAGAGCCGCGUCGUGGUUACAUGUACUGGACAGAAUCGCCCAUGGACGUGAUUCGACGAGCUGCGAUGGAUGGCACCGAUAUGCAAACCAUUGUCUCAAAUGCCAAUCAUGCCUCUGGCCUGACCUUUGACCAGGAGACGCGACGCCUCUACUGGGCCACCCAGUCGCGACCGGCAAAGAUCGAAAGCGCCGACUGGGAUGGUAAAAAGCGGCAGAUCCUUGUAGGCAGCGACACGGACGAACCGUAUGCAGUAUCCCUGUACCAGGACUAUGUGUACUGGAGCGACUGGAACACCGGCGACAUUGAGCGAGUGCACAAGACGACGGGUCAGAACCGCAGCCUGGUGCACUCGGGCAUGACGUACAUCACCUCGCUGCUGGUAUUCAACGACAAGCGCCAGACGGGCGUGAAUCCCUGCAAGGUAAACAACGGCGGAUGCUCGCAUCUGUGCCUGGCCACGCCGGGAAGACGUGGCAUGACCUGCGCCUGCCCCACACACUACCAACUAGCCAAGGACGGGGUCUCCUGCAUUCCUCCCAAGAACUACAUAAUAUUUAGCCAGAGGAAUAGCUUCGGGCGUCUGUUGCCCAACACCACAGAUUGCCCCAAUAUCCCAUUGCCUGUUUCAGGGAAGAAUAUACGCGCUGUAGACUAUGAUCCCAUCAGUCACUACAUUUACUGGAUUGAGGGCAGAAGUCACAGCAUUAAGAGAUCUCUGGCAAACGGCACCAAAGUUAGCCUGCUGGCCAACUCUGGACAGCCCUUUGACCUGGCCAUUGACAUCAUAGGACGCCUGCUUUUCUGGACCUGCUCCCACUCCAACAGUAUUAAUGUGACGAGUUUCCUGGGUGAAUCUGUGGGCGUCAUUGAUACCGGGGACUCGGAGAAGCCUCGCAACAUUGCCGUGCACGCCAUGAAGCGCCUGCUCUUCUGGACAGAUGUCGGCAGUCACCAGGCCAUUAUACGAGCCCGUGUCGAUGGCAAUGAGCGCGUAGAACUGGCCUACAAGCUGGAGGGAGUCACGGCCCUAGCCCUGGAUCAGCAGUCGGAUAUGAUCUACUAUGCGCAUGGCAAGCGUAUAGAUGCCAUCGAUAUCAAUGGCAAAAACAAGAAAACCCUGGUUUCCAUGCACAUCUCCCAGGUGAUCAACAUAGCUGCCCUUGGGGGCUUUGUUUAUUGGCUGGACGACAAGACCGGGGUUGAACGCAUCACCGUUACCGGUGAACGUCGCUCCGCCGAACUGCAGCGUCUGCCGCAGAUCACCGAUAUACGUGCCGUUUGGACACCGGAUCCCAAGGUCCUGCGCAAUCACACCUGCCUGCAUAGUCGCACCAAGUGCUCGCACAUCUGCAUAGCCAGUGGCGAGGGUAUGGCACGUACCCGCGAUGUCUGUUCCUGCCCCAAGCAUUUGAUGCUGCUGGAGGACAAGGAGAAUUGCGGCGCCUUUCCCGCCUGCGGUCCGGAUCACUUUACGUGCGCCGCUCCCGUUUCAGGGAUCAGUGACGUGAACAAGGACUGCAUACCCGCCUCCUGGCGCUGUGAUGGGCAGAAGGACUGUCCCGACAAGUCGGACGAGGUGGGAUGUCCCACCUGCCGGGCGGAUCAGUUUAGUUGCCAGUCGGGCGAGUGCAUUGACAAGUCGUUGGUGUGCGAUGGCACCACCAAUUGCGCCAAUGGUCAUGAUGAGGCGGAUUGCUGCAAGAGGCCAGGGGAGUUUCAGUGUCCCAUCAAUAAGCUCUGCAUCUCUGCCGCUCUCCUGUGCGAUGGCUGGGAAAACUGUGCCGACGGAGCCGAUGAAUCCUCAGACAUUUGCAUGAAGCGUCGCAUGGCUCCAGCUUCGGACAAGCGCGCCUUUAUGAUCCUGAUUGGCGCCACCAUGAUCACCAUCUUCUCCAUCGUCUACCUGCUGCAGUUCUGCCGGACGCGAAUAGGCAAGAGCCGAACGGAACCCAAGGACGAUCAGGCUUCGGAUCCCCUAUCCCCGUCGACUUUGAGUAAAUCCCAGCGGGUAUCGAAGAUUGCCUCUGUGGCAGAUGCCGUGCGUAUGUCCACGCUUAAUUCGCGCAACAGCAUGAACUCGUACGAUCGCAAUCACAUCACUGGAGCGUCCAGUUCGACGACAAAUGGCAGCAGCAUGGUGGCCUAUCCCAUCAAUCCACCGCCAUCGCCGGCAACCAGGUCGCGACGUCCGUACCGGCACUACAAGAUCAUCAACCAACCGCCUCCGCCCACGCCAUGUUCCACGGACAUUUGCGACGAAUCGGACUCGAAUUACACCAGCAAAUCGAACAGCAAUAAUAGCAACGGGGGCGCCACGAAGCACUCUUCCAGCUCGGCGGCCGCCUGCCUGCAGUACGGGUACGACAGUGAGCCGUAUCCACCGCCGCCGACGCCGCGAUCGCACUACCACAGCGAUGUGCGCAUUGUGCCGGAGUCCUCGUGCCCGCCAUCGCCGUCGUCGCGUAGCUCCACGUACUUCUCCCCGCUGCCACCGCCACCGUCACCGGUGCAGUCGCCAAGUCGCGGUUUCACGUAACAUUUUGAGAUUUACAUGUAAGGCGUGAAGGGGAGCUAGAAACAUAUCAUUUUGUGGGGGUGGCGACAUAAACCUGAGGAAAUAUGCCGUUUUAUAGCGACAUAAUACCGCGCGGAGACUAUGUACUUGGCGGAGAUAUGUCGCUAUGCCCAUUUUGUGCCGAGCUUUUCCUUUUAUGAAUUUUAUCAUUAGCUAUUAUUAACUAUUAAUAUUAUUAUUUUUAUAAUUAGUACUAUUAAUUAUUAUUAUUAUGAUUUUCGAAACUUUAAUUUCUACCACUGAUGAUUUGUAAAUAUGUACGUGUGUUUAAUUGGUCAUUUAAGGCUUUAACUAAUUUUAAUCGUAGCUUAAAGAGAGCGUCCCUGCCUGAAGGACUUAUCUGAGAUCUCGUCAAGUUUCAUUUUGCCAGAUACACCGAAUUAGAAGGCAGUACAACCACAAUAGACUGCAGUUUACUUUCUUAAUAUUUUUUUUUGUAAUUUGUAAACGUAUUGCAAUUAUUAGCAAUUACCUUAGGUCUAUAAUACAAUAUAUCAUAAUAUUCGCUGAUAAGUCUCUUGUAAUUCCGUGUGCCAAAUUUUCCGACAAAAUCAGACAGAACCUACAUAUUAUUACAUACUUUGUUUCAACGCAUUUAACCCUAGACUUAGUUAAUAACGUGUAAAUAGUUAAUUCGUUUACGAAAGCAAUAUUGACAUAUAUCUGCGACUAACAAACUGUCUUCUUAAUUGUUAUAAACACCAAAAAGUGCCUCAGUAAUAUGCGUGUGUGUUUCUUAUUGUUUACUCUUAAAUUCUCCUAUAUCAUUUAUAUAUAUAUUCAUAGAUAAUACAAACGAAUAGUUAGUUAUUCAUACGACGUAGGUUUUUGCAAUAAUUAAAUGAAGGUAAAUGCAUAUUUAUAGUUAAUUUUAGAAGACGUAAUUUGUAAACAAAGCGAAACAUGCAACAAAACAAUAUUUUUAAAUGUAAAAU